AUGGCUUCUCAUGAUGAGCUUGCUACGUUGCCCACGCCGGACAUGAUUACACUUCUCCUCAAAUGCCACAAGUCCACAGUAGCGCUUUCAGUCCUCCCAACGACGCCUUUCGCAGAAAUCAAACCCCUCUUGCUCGGGGCCCUUCAGUCGCGAAACCUCAGGACCUUACCCAAUUCCGACACUCCUCUACCCGAAGACCCCGAAGACCUGGAGUUUGGCGUGUUGGCAGACAAGAAGGACGCCAGUAAAGGCUGGGUACCAAUGUCGAUCAGAGCGCAAGAGGUCACUGGGCCCCGAGGUACGAAGAAGAAGGUUGGGGGCAAAGACUCGGUCCUCACUGAGAGUCCGCUUGGGGCUGGUCUUAGUGAUGGGGCUUGGAUUGCAUAUCGUGUGAAGCCGGAGCGGAAAGAGCCAAACAUUGAAGACGACGAUGAAGCCGAAGACACUCCAAACUUCGACAUAGACGGAGAUGUCGGCUUUGAUGUGGUCAUUCCUAGCUUCGAAGACGAGGCUGAGUGA